GCUGCGGUGCGCGGGCGCCACGGCCGCGCCUCGGUUCGCGGCCUCCGAGUCCCGGGAGGCUGCGGGCGGCGUGGCCUGCAGUGGGCGGCUGCACCUGGAGAGCUCUGCUUUCUCGCGCAGGGUUGGGUACAGCCGGGCCCCCGCGGAGAAGGGAUCCUGAGCGCCGGACAGCCGGGAUGGAGCACAGACCCAACUCUGUCUGAUUUAAGGAGAAAGGAAAUGUCUUUUGGUCGAACUCAAGAUUAAACUUCGCACAUCGUGAUUGUGGGUGGAAGGGUGUGAAAUCGGCCUCUUGCAUGUGACACUGGAGCUGUAGAGUUAGACUAGUUAUUGCCAGAGGAUACCGACCUGCGAGCUGGCUCGCGAAGCCCCAGGGCUUUUGAAAAUGUAUUAGGUCAUGAAACGAGUGCGCAACGAGCAGAUUCAGAUGGCAGUGUCCUGCUACCUCAAACGCCGGCAAUAUGUGGACUCAGAUGGUCCCCUGAAGCAAGGACUGCGGUUGUCACAGACUGCUGAGGAGAUGGCCACCAAUCUCACAGUUCAAUCAGAAUCUGGUUGUGUCAAUAUUGUGUCUGCAGCCCCUUGCCAGGCAGAGCCUCAGCAAUAUGAAGUACAGUUUGGUCGACUACGAAAUUUUCUCACUGAUUCUGAUUCCCAGCAUAGCCAUGAAGUGAUGCCUCUCCUCUAUCCUCUAUUUGUCUACCUCCAUCUCCAUCUGGUCCAGAAUAGUCCGAAGAGCACAGUGGAAAGUUUUUAUAGCCGCUUCCAUGGAAUGUUUCUGCAGAAUGCUAGCCAGAAGGAUGUCAUUGAGCAGCUACAGACCACUCAAACAAUUCAGGACAUCCUAUCUAAUUUCAAGCUUCGAGCAUUCCUAGACAAUAAGUAUGUGGUCCGUCUCCAAGAAGACAGCUACAACUACCUUAUCCGCUACCUCCAAAGUGACAACAACAUAGCCUUGUGCAAAGUCCUUACCCUGCAUAUCCAUAUAGAUGUACAACCUGCCAAGAGAACAGACUACCAACUCUAUGCCAGCAGCAACUGCUCAAAAAGUGAGGGUAAUGGCAUAGAGGCUACGGACAUGCCCACUCCUAUUCUACAGAACGAGGCUGCACUAGAGGUCUUGCAGGAGAGUAUUAAACGUGUCAAGGAUGGUCCUCCUUCCCUCACUACCAUCUGUUUCUAUGCCUUCUAUAAUACAGAACAGCUGUUGAACACUGCAGAAAUCUCUCCUGAUAGCAAGCUGCUUGCUGCUGGGUUUGACAACUCCUCUAUUAAACUGUGGAGUUUACGAUCCAAGAAGUUAAAAGCAGAACCCCAUCAAGUUGACGUGUCCCGCAUCCACUUAGCUUGUGAUAUUCUGGAGGAGGAGGAGGAUGAUGAAGAGGAAAGUGCAGGCACAGAAAUGAAGAUACUGCGAGGACACUGUGGACCAGUAUACAGCACAAGAUUCCUCACAGACAGCUCAGGGUUGCUCUCUUGUUCCGAAGACAUGUCCAUUAGGUACUGGGACCUUGGGAGUUUCACCAACACUGUAUUGUACCAAGGACAUGCCUACCCUGUGUGGGACCUGGACAUUAGCCCAUAUAGCCUGUACUUUGCCAGUGGCUCUCAUGACCGCACUGCAAGGCUAUGGUCAUUUGAUCGGACGUACCCACUAAGAAUAUAUGCAGGACACCUGGCAGAUGUAGACUGUGUCAAAUUCCACCCUAAUUCAAACUACUUAGCUACAGGCUCAACCGACAAGACUGUCAGGCUAUGGAGUGCUCAGCAGGGGAACUCUGUGAGGCUUUUCACAGGCCACCGUGGCCCUGUGCUUUCUCUUGCCUUCUCUCCCAAUGGUAAGUACUUGGCAUCAGCUGGUGAGGAUCAACGAUUGAAGCUAUGGGACUUGGCCUCUGGCACCCUCUAUAAAGAACUGAGAGGCCAUACAGACAAUAUCACCAGUCUCACCUUCAGCCCAGACAGUAGUUUGAUUGCUUCUGCCUCCAUGGACAAUUCUGUGCGUGUCUGGGACAUUAGGAACACUUACUGCAGCACACCUGCCGAUGGCUCCUCCAGUGAACUUGUGGGUGUAUAUACUGGGCAGAUGAGUAAUGUACUAAGUGUGCAGUUUAUGGCCUGUAAUCUCCUUCUAGUGACAGGAAUUACUCAAGAAAAUCAGGAACAUUAAUUUUUUUAUCUUUAUUUUAAUGAACUGAGGUGGUGGUAAAGGCCUCCAGAUUGAAAAUCUAAGGACAACCUGAGAUUGAAUCACUGACAGACUGUGAAAAACUCCCCACUUCUCCUGUGCAGACACCCUGAGCACAUCAUCUUUUCACUGUCUCUCAAAUGCCAAAGGACUCGGGAGUAGGAAAGGCGGUGAUAUAUAGACAUGAGAUCAAGAAUUAAGAUAUACCGUAGGUCAGAUUGCAAGUUCUUACAAAGAUCCCACUCUGUCCUCACAGGAGCAUCUUUAUGCUUCUGUCUCAUUUUGCCAUUUGUAAAACCAAGAUGCUGCUUAUCUUGCCUGGUACUGCUUUUGGCCUGAGGAUGAUAGCAGAGCAUUCUCUCACAAGAAGCAGUGCUAUGGGGUCAUGUGUUACCAAUUGCUUGAGUGGAUGGGAAACUUUGGUGUAGGAAUCUGAGGAUGGGAACUAGGAAAGGGGGUGGGAAUAAUCCUGGCAAAGUCUUUCCUUUUCUGUAAUUAAAAAUCCAGGAUUUUUUAUUGUUAUUAUAAUUAUUAUUGAGAAGAGGAAACCUAGCACUGGCAAAGAAUGCCUUCUCUGCUCUUGUCUUUCAGGUUUGACUCCUGGCACUGGCUGUGAUACUUGGAAUUUUGAGGUUCAGGGAAUUAAGAGAAUCUGGUAGCACAGUGUAUUGGGAGAAAGGGAAAAUUUCUGGGUGUCAGAUUGAUCACUAAGGCUGACAUUGUUUCUAGAAGUGGAUGGGUGGAUUUGAUUUUAAAAAGUUUUGGGCUCUUGCAGCGAUGGUGGGAAUGAAAGAUUUUUUACAUGGCUACAUUUCUGUUAACAGUUUUCUCUCCUGAGCAGACAAAUAGUGAAGAAAAUUUAAAUGACAGGAAGUAAUAUGUCACAAGAUAGAAUUAAAAAAUAUUGAAUUUACAAAUGAUAAUUUAUUCAGAGGUGUGGCUUUUUCAAUAUAUUUUUCUUCAGAGAUCACCCACUCUCGCCUCCUGCAUCGCAAUAGCAGUUUAAUGAACACUUUGUGAAAUAAAUUCUAAGAACAUACUUUUAAAAAGCAUGUAAAGCUGUGCUUUGAGGAUAAAGCAAAUUCUAACUUGUGCAAAAGGAUUAAAUAUUUCUGUUUUCUGAAAAGAGUUAUUUUGUAUUUUGUUUUCUAUUAAAAUGUAUUUUAGUUUCCAAAAAGCAAAAAAAAAAAAAAGUGUUGGCAUCUCAUUUAAACUGUGAGGAAAGGCAGGUCAGGUGUAUUGUAUGGUCUACCCGGGUGACAAGCAGCUCACUCACCUUCAGAAUAAUACCUACUUAGAAAGACCAGACUUGCCCCAGUAGGGUAUUUUUUAUCUGUUGUAUUCAGUUUGCUUUUGAAUCAUGAUUCUUCUCAGUACUCAUGUGAAUGGUUAAUAGCACUUAAUACAAUUUAUACAGCUGAGAUCUCCAACUGCCAACCCAAGACAAUAUAUACUUUGCCAUCUAAAGUUAUUUGGUAGAAUCUUCCAGUUUCUUUCAAGAUCCCACCUAAGGGACAUAAGAACUAUGCCAUUUAAUCAAUUCAAACUAUUUAUUGAACAAUUCCAUUAAGGACUCAGAGUAAAUGAUGCCAAGUUUUUAAGACUGUACGUUGAAAUGUAAUUUCUCUGGCACACACAUCAAGAUCAGGAAAUAAAAUAGAAAAAUUCUGUGAUUCAGUGCCCAAAAUAAUUUUUUCUACUUGAACCUAGAAUAUUAAUAGGAAAUGUUUCUUAUUCAUAAAAUUCCAUAAAAUUGAGACAUUAAGAAAGCUCCUUUGAUGACUUAGCCAGACAGCUAAGUCAUCCAUGUCACCUGCAAGUAAAGCUAUUAUUCAAAUGCAUUUUUAUCUGUAAUAUAGUAACUCAAGUUAGAUUGUAUGGUAAUAUUUCUAGAGAGAGUGAAAUUCCUCAUUUGGGCUGAAUAACUCUCAGACAUGAAAAUGUCACUAAUUUAGGAUAAUUUGGAAAUAUUUUGUGGGGUGUUUUUGUUGUUGUUUUUUUAAGAAGAGUGUCUCUGACUAAACAGAAAAAUGUUAUAGGUAAUCAUUGUUCACAUUACCAAUUAUGUAUAUACUUUUGUUUCCACAUCAAGCUCCUAAUGAUCUGCAUAGUUGGCUUUUUCUUUUGUAAACUAAUUUUAAUGGGUAAUUUAACUUUAUAAAUUGCUUCACAGAAUUUCCCAAAAAUAUUAGGAAUAUUAAAGGCGUGUGUUUGUAUGUUUAAGAGUGCAUAAAGACAUUUUUUAUACCCAUCAGUUUGCUCUCAUGACAUUUUUUUUUUCUUCAGAAAAAGGUAGACAGGACUAGUGAUAUUACUAGUUUAUAGAUUAAAUUCCUGAAGACCAGAAAAGCUAUUAAUUACAUUAUCUUUUCACACUCAGAAUGUCCAGGUCUUGAUGUGUGAAAUAAAGGAUCUGUAUUCAGUAUCCUUAAGUUCUAUCUGGAGAGUAUAACCCUAAUGGUAAUAGAAAAAGUUCCACUCUCCAAAAAGAAAAUAUAAAUAUAAAGAAACUAUUUAACAAGGUUGUAUAUAGUGCAUACUAUCUGCCACCCCAAGAGUUUAUGAAAUUUAACUUAUUUUAUCUUCAUAACAAGCCUAGAGAGUAUCAUUAUUAUCCUCAUUUUACAGAUAAGGAAUUGGAGGCACUGUUGUCUCUUGCCAGAGUGUCACAUAGCUAGUAAAUGGUGAAACCAAAAUUUGAACCUAUCCAUGUCUCCCUUCAAGAGUGAAUUGAGGUUAGUAAUAACUAAAUGUCCCUGGAUUCCUUUGCCAGAUAAGACUGCAAUAAGCAGGAGCAGGUGGUAAGAAAAAAUUUAAUCUGUGGUGGAAAGAAACUUCAUGCGUGGUGGAAAGAAACUUCAGAAUACUUAGGUUUGUUCUCUUUUUUGUUUUUUUGAACCUUAGUAAAUUUUUCUGGUGUGUGUGUAUAAGGUGAGGGGAAAUACCUAUAAUUUCUUAGACUAAAAGACUCAGAAAAUCUGGUGGUUGUAAUUUAACAGUAGUAAUUUAAAAGGGAAAAAAACUAAGAUAAAGUAACGAAUAGUGAUAACACAGGGAACAAUUUAAGGCUUUUAUAUUCAAAAUCUAGUUUCUAAAGAUAUUAUUACUAGCUUCUCAUUUGCUUUAUUCAUGUAUUUAAUAUGUCUUGGUUGUAUAAAAAAAUCUAUUGCAUAUGUCAGCUGCUAAUUUUUCUAUUGCCCAGAUUGGUAUUUAAGUAUAUGGAUUAAAAGAUUAGUCUGUGCUUCAACUUGUC